AUGUCUGGAGGCUACGACAGAGCGAUCACGGUAUUCUCACCGGACGGUCAUCUCUUGCAAGUGGAGUACGCGCAAGAAGCUGUACGUAAAGGAUGCACAGCCAUCGGUGUGCUGGGCAAGGACUGCGUCGUACUCGGUGUUGAAAAGAAGUCCAUAGCCAUGCUCCAGGAAGAACGUACCGUGCGCAAGAUUUGCCCUCUGGAUUCACACAUAGUAAUGGCAUUCGCUGGACUGACGGCCGACGCGCGUGUAAUCAUCAACCGGGCACAGAUGGAAUGUCAGUCGCAGUACCUUACUCUCGGUGAAACUGUAACGACCGAAUAUAUCACACGAUUCGUGGCCUCCAUCAAGCAGAAAUACACACAGAGCAACGGUCGCCGUCCAUUUGGCAUAUCGUGUCUGAUCGCUGGUUUUAACAAUAACGGCACACCACAUUUGUUCCAGACCGAACCAUCUGGCAUCUACUAUGAAUGGAAAGCAAAUGCCACUGGAAGAAAUUCAAAGUUGGUCAAAGAAUUCUUACAGGAUAACUAUAAUGAUGAAGCUGUAAGUACGGAACAAGGAACUAUCAAAUUGGCAGUCAGAGCGUUACUGGAAGUAGUUCAAUCUGGUCAAAAAAACAUUGAAUUGGUAGUGUUAAAAAAUAAUGAAAAAAUGAAGAUGUUAGACCCAGCAUCUCUCGAAGAAAUGGUAAAUGUUAUAGAAGCAGAAAAAGAAGCUCUGGAGAAAGAAAAAAACAAACAAAAAGAUAAACAAUAA